UUCUGCUCUCUUUCCCUCCCUAUUUAAACGCGCAGGUUCAGGCUCCGAACUGCAGAGAGCUUCGAGGCUUCGACAUGGCUGAGACUGUUGUCCUCAAAGUUGGCAUGUCCUGCCAAGGCUGUGUUGGUGCCGUGAAGAGGGUACUAUCAAAGCUGGAAGGUGUUGAAUCAUUUGAUGUUGAUUUGAAGGAACAAAAAGUAACUGUGAAGGGCAAUGUGAAACCUGAAGCAGUGCUGCAAACUGUUUCCAAGACUGGAAAAACAACUUCAUUCUGGGAAGCAGAAUCAGAAACCAAGGAAGCUGCUUUUGAUACAGCAGCUGCUGCCACCGCAUGAUUACAGUACGUCUAAGUGGUUUUCUUAAUAAGAAAUUAUGAACUAAUGAUCAAUGAUGAUUUGUCUUUUGAAGCUUUUACAGUAAGUAUAAUUUUGUGUGUUGUUUGUGCUUUCUUCAGUCGACUGGUCAUGUUUACCUAUAUGAUGCUUUUAACUGUUUUAAUAAGCUAGAUGUCAUAUUAUAAAUGGCAAUAAGAUCACCUAUGUAUCAGUUUCACUUAUUAUUUUUCCUGUUAGCUACUAUAAGAUGAUGAUACCUUAUAAGAGGCUAAGAUUUCUUGA